UGUAUAAAUGCCACUUCCCCUGAAGAUGGCGCAGGCGAGCUCUAUGCAUAAGACAUGCAAGCAGGAAGGAGAGACAAGGAAAUACACCACCUGAGCAUUGCUGGGCUGCGGAGCGGAGAUGUCGUCGGACUCGCAGCAGCAGUUUUAUUCCCUGAAUAUAAAUUCUCUACAGGAGCCUGUCCUUCAGAAAGUGUGCGAACUGCUGGACCAGACCAGCGACAGGGGAUGGAGGAAGCUGGCCGCCAUCAUCGCCAAGAACAGUCGCUUCAGACUAAGUUCCAUGGAAGUUCAUCAGUGUUCCCUUAAAGUCAUGGAGCCAGAAGGAAGUCCUGCCCGCAGUCUGCUGAGGCUGAUGGGCGAUCAGGGAUGUACAACAAAGGAAUUGGCAGAUUUUUUACAAAGCCUUGGCCAAUCGAAUGCUAUCCAGAUCCUAAGUCCCCCAGGGGUGAAAGUUGUCGUACACCCAGAGUCCAUGGCGGUUCGGUCUGGACAAAUGAUCAAAUUGUGCUGCGUUCCCACGGAACAUCCUGUUGUUAUGUACCAGUGGUUCAAGAUGAACAAGGAGGUCCCAUAUGGUAAUUCCUCCGAGCUGGUAUUUAAUCCGGUGCAUGUGGAUGACGCUGGCUUCUACAUCUGCCGAGUCAAUGACUCUCACACAUGUGAUUUCAGUAGAUGGGCCAAACUGGAAGUUAUUGAAAGCAACUUGGCAUGUCAUGGAAUCUCGAUGUUACCAGACAACAGACUCCAGAUAUGUAACCAACCUCAAUCCCAAACACUGGAGGCGGGGGCCAAGCUGGUGCUGGAGUGUGCAGCCAUAGGGAAACCCUUGCCAUGUUAUCAGUGGUAUAGGAAUGGCGUGGCACUGGUGGAUGCGACACACAGAGUAUAUAUGAUUCCCGCUGUUUCGGUUGAAGAUCAAGGCUUUUUCUAUUGCCGAGUGUCUAACGGCAUCGAGACUGUGGACAGCAAGGAGGUGGAGGUUGUUGUUGGAAUUGCGAAGCUUUGGACAAAUGUCGCAGUGGAGUGCACAGAAGAUGAAUUGAGCGGCAUAAUCGACAAAGAGACCUCCAAUGAACCUCUCUUUGCGACGGACAAAGUAGCAUUGCUGAUCGGGAACAUGUCUUACAAGAACCACAGCCAGCUAAAAGCCCCAAUGGUGGAUGUGUAUGAACUCACAAACCUGCUGCGUCAGCUCGACUUCAAGGUAGUGUCCCUGCUGGAUCUCACCGAGGUGGAAAUGAGGAACACGGUGAAUGAAUUCUUACUAUUACUGGACAAAGGCGUUUAUGGAUUGCUGUACUACGCUGGUCAUGGUUAUGAAAACUUUGGAAACAGCUUUAUGGUUCCUAUUGAUGCACCGAAGCCUUACGGAUCUUCAAACUGCUUAUGUGUUCAAAGAAUCCUAAAACUAAUGCAAGAAAAAGAGACUGGACUCAAUGUAUUUCUACUGGACAUGUGCCGCAAAAGGAACCAGUAUGAUGAUACCAUCUUAAUACCAGAUAACCUGAAGGUGACAGCGAACAUUGUCUUUGGAUACGCCACGUGCCAGGGGGCAGAGGCAUUUGAAAUACAACAUUCCGAUCUAGCAAAUGGCAUUUUUAUGAAGUUUCUCAAGAAACGAUUAUUAGAAGAUAAGAAGAUCACCGUUCUGUUGGAUGAAGUGGGAGAAGAUAUGGGGCGCUGUCUGCUUACCAAAGGAAUGCAGGCUCUAGAAAUCCGCAGCAGCCUGUCCGCCAGGAGGGCGCUUACUGAUCCCAUACAGCACAAGGCAUGUUCUCCAGAGUCCUUGGCAAGAAAUCUGCAGUGGGAGAAGGCAAAUGAGCUCAAAGAGAGCAUGUGCAUUGAAUUUGCCUGUGGUGUAAAGAUCAAGUUGGGUUUCGCUGCAGAAUUCUCCAAUGUAAUGAUCAUCUAUUCCCAAAUUAUAAGCAGCCCCCCGGACAUCUGUCACUGUACUGCCAACGUCACAGACUUCCCAUUGGAUUUAUACGUUGACCCUAAAGAAACAAAUAAAGACACCCCAGAAGAAACGGGAAGCUUUUUGGUUUCUAAGGACCUUCCAAAGCAUUGCUUAUACACCCGUCUAAGCUCCCUGCAAAAGCUAAAGGAAAACUUGACCUUUACAGUAUGCUUGACCUACACGUAUAAAGGCGUUGAAGAAAUGGUGGAUGAAAGUCAAAAAAUUAACCUGGGAAAGCCUCUGAUUGCAAAAUUAAACAUUCAUUCUGGACUCCGAAGUCCCUGCACACAGACAGGUCUUAUACCUCAAAGCCCCUGCACACAACCCAUUCAUAUACCUCAUAAUCCUAGUGCACAGCCCAGUCAUACUCUGCAUAGUCCUAACGCACAGCCCAGUCAUACUCUUCAUAGUCCUAACGCACAGCCCAGUCAUACUCUUCAUAGUCCUAACACACAGCCCAGUCAUACUCUUCAUAGUCCUAGUGCACAGCCCAGUCAUACUCUUCAUAGUCCUAGUGCAGAGCCCAGUCAUACUCUUCAUAGUCCUAUUGCACAGCCCAGUCAUACUCUUCAUAGUCCUAGUGCACAGCCCAGUCAUACUCUUCAUAAUCCUAGCGCACAGCCCAGUCAUACUCUUCAUAGUCCUAGCGAACAGCCGAGUCAUACUCUUCAUAGUCCAAGUGCACAGCCUAGUCUUAUGCAUCACAGUCCCAGCCUACACUCCAGUCAUCAGCUUCACAGUCCGUGCCUACAGUCCAGUCACCACCAGCUUCACAGUCCCUACCGCAGUCCAGAGACUGCGGCAGCCUCAUCAUCAGUCCCUAGACCCUCAAGUCUAUUUACAAACCCCCAAUACCCGCAGUCAUCAUUUCAAGACUAUCAACAAAACAUAAGAAGCAGCAUGCAACCUGACAAUUGGCAUCAAUACUAUUCGGGAUAUCCAUCUAGCAGUGGAAGGAGGCACUUCCCAGAACACAGAUCACUAUAUAGCAAUGUGUCAAGACAUAGCAAUGUACCAGAGGAGAGCACAGAGGACUUUGGAUAUUAUUAAUAAUAAAUAUAACAGCUUUAUAAAUUUAUAGAUUUUUGUAGGUAACUUAAAUUCACCGUAUUGGUAUAGUGUUGUUACUAUCAGUAUUCAUGAUUUUAGUUUAUUUUUUAACAUUGGGUCAGCUUUUACCUUGUUAAAGGUUAUGACCACAUUUGCAACCAUUUUUUAUACACUUCAAUGUAUCUAGAAUAACAAUGGAACAACUUUGUAAAUAGUAUUGAUUAGAAAUAAUGAUGACAUCACACAGUUCCUCCAUAUGGACAUGAUGACAUCACACAGUUCCUCCAUAUGGACAUGAUGACAUCACACAGUUCUUCCAUACGGACAUGAUGACAUCACACAGUUCCUCCAUAUGGACAUGAUGACAUCACACAGUUCCUCCAUAUGGACAUGAUGACAUCACACAGUUCCUCCAUAUGGA